AUGGUUACGGAGUUGAGGAACGAGUUGGGCCAGCUGAAACAGACAAAUAUGCAACAAGCGAAGCAGAUUCGAACCCAGACUGCGGAUUUCUCGAGGGAACUAGAGGAACUCAAAAGCAAGGCCUUCUUCACGGCUCCGAAAGUCUCGGACACUGAAAUCAUGAAGAAAUGGAAAGUCCUCGGCUUUUCCAUCCGCCAGUUCAUCUCGAGCUAUCUGUCAGGACCCUUGGAUCCUCCUACCCUCCGCCUGCUGGAGCAGAAACAAGAAUUCCGUUGGCUGCCUCAUAUUGCAACGACGCUGCAACUCCCCAUUCUCCGUCCAAUUCUCUUCGAGUCAUGGAUUUGGCAUUUCCUCUGCUUUCGGGUAUUUGAUUUGCGCUCCAGUCUCUGGGGUGGAGAGGCUGGAAAGCUUCUGGGAAGCUCCUCCGAGAUAAUUCGGAAACUUAUUGCCCGAAACUCCGGCCUUGAUCCCCGGACGAAUACUACUAGUAUUCUAGCCAAGUUCCAUGACUGGCGUGUCCACUCGGCACAGUUUCUUUCCCAAUUCAACACCCACGACAAGAAAUACUCGAUUGCGGAAUUGUCCAACACGAUGCUUGACUACCUGAAGCACGCCAUGACUGGGAAUCAUUUCAAUGAGCCUGACAUGCGUCUCGAUGCUUACAAAAUCGUCGGCGAAGCGGCCAAGCUAGAUGAGAUAUUCAGACUGUCAAAGGCGGACUUCCAUGUCUUCAUCACUCGAGUAAAAUUGCCUUUGGUCGAACCGCCGAGCUUUGGAUUCCACUUCGAUGACCAGACGAUGGAAAUUACCAAAGACGUCCCACUUUUCGAUCGCCGUGAUUCAGCCGACCGAAAACACAUCGUGGGCCUGGCCAUCUCGCCUGGCAUAUUCAAGGCUGGGAAUUCCAAUGGGGCGAACUACGGGACAGAGCGAGUUUUGGUCAAGCUUCAAGCCCUCUGCAAUCUCCAGGAGAUGUUGGUCUAUUUUGAGAAUCAAUCGGUGACGCACGGAGGGCGCCAUCAGAAACAGACGGACAUGGAAGAUUUGUCAACUGACGCCGAGGUUGACAUGCUUUCAAUCGCUCGUCAUAAACACUGA